GUACAUAUUCUGGUUCGCAUUGGGUUGGGUGGUUCAUCAGCAUCGCCUACUGAGUUGGCUGAGACUGGCGAUUGAUCGAAAACGACGGUUCAGUUUGCUACUCGCAUUCGGCUCGAGAGGACGUGAAUUUCGAGAAAACUGAAGUGUGCAGAGUUUCGAGUGAAAAAAAGGUGGUGAGCAAAAAAGUGAAAAGUGUUGCCCAUCGUUCGAGGUCGUGUACAGUUUAGUAUUAUUAGUUGUACUCUUACCCCAUCCACACGUAGUCCAGUGUUGUGUCUUAGUGAACCAGUGACUAAGCGGCCGAAUUCCAGAGCCAGCGCAGAAGAGCAAAAGUGUGUACCUCGGAGAAGAAGCUUCAGUACAACAGCAAGCUCAGCGUGUGGUGCAGCAGUAGACAGAAGACAGGGGGUGUAUUUGUUGUUUAGAGAAUGACUACAGGCGAUAAAGGCUGGUUAACAUGUCGCCAAGUACUGAAUAUUAUGGUCAUCUUCGGGUUCAUGCUGAACUACGCCCUGCGGGUGAACUUCACCAUCGCCAUCGUGGUGAUGUGCAAAACGCUGAAGAACCUGGCAACGAACGGGACGGCGCUCGGUGACGAUGGGUUGGCUUUCGGGAAUGAAACAUCGGCGGCGGCGGCACUGGCCAGUGUGAGCACAACGACGGAACAGAGCGUGAUCACCGAGGAGGAUAAAUUUGAGUGGGAUGCCUACCAGCAGAAUAUGAUGCUUGGUAGUUUCUUCUGGGGCUACGUGCUAACGGAGCUGCCCGGUGGUCGUUUGGCCGAGGUUAUUGGUGGACGUCGUGUCUUCGGAUACAGCAUGCUGUUUGCUAGUGUGUUGACCCUGUUUCUUCCCAUCGCUGCUUAUACCCAUUACGUUGCGGUUGUUAUACUGCGAGCUGUUUUGGGUUUCUUUCUGGGAGCUUCCUGGCCGGCAAUCCAUCCGCUUACGGCCGUUUGGAUUCCACCAAUGGACCGGUCCAAGUUCAUAUCUAACAUGAUGGCUUCCUCGCUGGGUGCGGCUAUUACGAUGCCAAUUUGUGGUUUCCUGAUCGCGACUCUCGGCUGGCAGUCCGUGUUCUACUUCACCGGUGGAAUCAGUUUGCUGUGGUCCAUCAUUUGGUUCCUGGUGGUGUUUGAAACACCAGCUCAACAUCCUCGCAUCACGGCGGAAGAGCGAAAUGAAAUCGAGACUGCGAUCGGUGCUUCGGGCAAAACGAAAAAGCCAACAUACGUGCCGUGGAAAUCCAUUCUGACUUCCCCUCCUGUCUGGGCCAUCAUCUUGACUCACGGUGCUUCUGUGUUCGGAUUCUUCACCGUCGUUAAUCAGCUGCCAACGUACAUGAAGUAUAUCCUGAACUUCAACAUCAAAGAGAAUGGUCUCCUAUCCUCGCUGCCAUACUUCGGUAAAUAUGCGAUGGCUGUCAUGUCCUCUCAUCUGGCUGAUCACCUUCGGAAGACUGGUGCUCUAUCUACGACUGCCGCUCGUAAGAUAUUCACUGCUUUCGCCGUCAUGACUCCGGGCUUCCUGAUGAUCGUCCAAGUGUACAUGGGUGAAAGCCGCAGCUGGGCAGUGGCCAUAUUCACGCUUGCCCUCUUCCUGAACGGUGCUGUUACGGCCGGAUACCUCGGCAAUGGGCUCGAUAUUGCGCCCAACUUCUCCGGUACGAUUUUCGGUAUGGCGAACACGCUGUCUUCGUUCGGUGGAUUUGUGUCCGCUUAUAUGGUUGGCGUUCUGACCAAUGAAAACCAAACCUACGGUCAGUGGCAGAUUGUGUUCUGGAUUCUCGCGGUCGUCUACAUCGUGGGAUCAUCGGCCUAUGUGAUCAUGGGCACGGGCGAGCUGCAAGCCUGGAACAAUCCACCGGAGCGGGGCGUUGCCAACAAUCACGAGGCCGAGGAAGGCGUACCGCUUAAUCAGCAAAACCAAAACAACAAACCAAUCUCAUCGUAAAGUGUGUUAUUAACGCUUGAACAAUAGAAAAACAAUCCACAUCAAUCGAUCGGGGAUCGUCUCGAUUAAGUGAAUCGUGCCUAUAUAUUUUUACAAGUGUAGGGACCUAGGAUACAAUGGACGGUAGCUGUGUAGAAUUAAUUCUCUGACUUUACACUUAAUCGUAGCCUACGGCGACACUUAGAUACUUACUUUUGUUCCACAAGAAUCACAAUUAUGCUGUGUCGGUUCGGGUGCCGAGUAGCUGAAAGUUUUAUUCGUUUUUUUUUUCUUAGGUGAGAUUUUAUAGUAAGGCUUUUGACGAAACUGUAGCGAAAUAGAUUUCAGAGAAGGUAAGGUUUCUUAGAAUUCGCAAAAAGCAUUUAUUCGGGUGUUGAAGCAAAUCUAAGCUCUGGUGUCUCGAGCGCCAUUUGUUGUCUACAUUUCUAAUAGUUCGAAGCAGAAACAAAUCAGAUGAAUUCCAUCAAGGUUUUGACUGCUUAGAUUUUCAUGUUUUAGUGGAAACGAGCAAAAAAGGUUAGCGGUAAACAAUCGUAUACUAUUUUCCUAAGAAAUUUUCAAACAAAAUAAAAUAGACUCUACCUGUACAUCGACACUCAGGUUGGAAAAACUAAAUGCUUCGUGUGUCCAUUGGUAACAUAUUUCAUAUAGGUAUGUUGAAUUUUGACUUUCAUCUGAUGCAUGAUCCAGCUGCGCUGGUCAUUGAAGAGCCACUAUAUAAAAAUUAAAACGUAAAUUUCAAUUUUCUUUUUCAUCUUUAUAAUAGUAUUCAAUAUUCUGAAACGUAAAAUUACUACAGAUAACAAAUGUCAUAAACCAGCGAAGCGUAACAGUUUGCCAACAGUUGUUUGAAAGGAUGUGUAACUUUUAUUUACAAUAAGUAAGUGCUCUUGCAAACCAAAAUAAAUCAACAAAAUAGAGAAACAUGUACAACACAUUUUUGAACUCUACUCAAUAACGAAAUAAAUAGUGAAAUAAAACUAGCAGUGCA